AUGGCCGUCAAAAGCGCGCUUCCAUAUUCCCUCCACAGCCGCUACCGUUCCAUAGCACUGGCCUGGACCAUCAUCACCAUCCCGCCAAUCUUCAUAAACCUAGGCCUAUUCUACGGGCUCUGGUACGGCAGUCCACACAUGGAUCGUAUAGCCGUCCUCACCAUCCCAACCGCAGUCCUAGGCCUCUUCACCGCCCUCGCCAUCCUCGAAAGAAUCUACAAACUAACCCAGACACCACCUACCUUCCGCCCCCUCGCCUCUCCCCGCUGGGCACUCGAUGUCUUCCAAUGGGGCUACUUCGCCUCCCUCCUGCUAAUCUCCGCGCUCAUCACAUCCGCGCUCGCGCGCGGAGACUCCGACCACGACGACCACUCGCUGCAGACGCGCCUCGUAUCCCUCCCCGCAUCACUGCUCAUGUUCUUCCUCGCCACGCUGACGCUCCUCUCCCUCCUCCUGCACCACCUAGCCCUCCCGCUGCCCUUCCGCUUCGGCAGUCUGGAGCCCGGCAACGCGCUCCGCCCAGCGGUGUACUACAUCGUCGAGGACGUGGUCGCCGUGGACGGCAACGGCGGGGCCGAGUACCGACGCGCGUGGACGCAGCGGUACGCGAGCAGUGCGGUGUUUCGGCGCAUGAUCUGGACGCUGAGCGUGGUGUGGAUGCUGGCGUUUUAUGUUUUCGCGGUGCUGGUCGCGGGGCUUGUGUUUUGGCUGCCGGUUGCUGCUGUUUAUGCCGUGGGGUGGGCGGGGCCGUUUCCGUUGGCGGGACUGAUGGCGCUGUGGACUAUUUGGUAUGUCAAGUCUGUUCUGCGGGAAGAGGAGGACGUGGAGGAUGAUGGCGAGGCGGUUGGGGGACGGGGGUUGGGGAGAAAUGAUGAUGAGAGAGCGCCUUUGUUGGAUAGUAGGGUCUAG